AUGUGGACGAGAUGGCAGAGCAGUGGUUCUGCGGGGCAGAGUGCUGUGCUGAUGCUGCAGCCCACGCCCAGCACGUCGCCAACUCCCUCCACCUCCGCUGCUCCCUCUCCCCCUCCUCCUGCCUCCUCUCCCACACCUCCCUCGCCCUCCUCUCCUCUCAACCCAAACCAGCCAUGUAGUGAUGAAGCAGGUCAAUUGAGUCAACCGAGUCAAGGGGAAAGCAUGACAGGGAGGCAGCAGGAGCAUGAGGCAGAGGGUUAUGAGACAGAAAGGCAACUGCUGGUGCCUAAUCUGGUGCCGGAGGGAGGUCCGUGGGAGGAGGAGGUGUGCGGGGGAUGUGGCACGGUGGUUGGGGCGAAAGGUAGAGGCAGAGACAGAGGCAGUAAUACUGAAGCAGUGGAGACCUGGACAAACGGGGAGGAGGGUGGACGUGCAGGGGUGGAGGGAGGAGGUGAGAGAGGAUGGGAGGGAGGAGAGGAAAGGGGAGUGCUGGGACCAGGAGGGAGUGGGGGAGAAAGGCCGGGACUGACGGGACAAGGAGGAGUCAAGGCGAGGAGGAUCGAUUGUGUGGAGCAUCUGUUCUUGCACAGGGUAGAGGCAAGGCCCCUCUGUGUGAUGGAUGGAGGCUCAAGGCCCCUCACUGUAUGCUCCGUGGAUGCAGGACCAUUGGAAGAAGAGCGUACAGUAUCGUCAUCAGCUGAUGCCGUGUUGAGGUCAUCAGCUGCCGCAGCAGACGGUGCAGCAGCCAGUGCAGCUCCAGACGGUCUCGCUGGGAUGGGGGGGUUGCAGGAGGAGAACGCAUUUGAGGCACCUCCAUGCCCACCGGCCCAGGGCGCAGGUGUCAAUUUAAGAUGCCAUCCCCUUCCCUCUCUGGCUGCUUCUCCUCGCUCCUCUCCUCCCAUCUCACCACCCCUCCUCCCCAAACCGCAUUGGCCCUCCCCUUCUCUCUCCACCUGCUUCUCCUCGCUCCUCUCCGCCCAUCUCGCCACCCCCUCCGCCCCAAACCGCCUGGUCCUCCGCUCGGUCUGCUCCCACAAACCCGUUCUGCUGCUCGUGCUGCUCAGUGCUCACACAGCCGUGGGGUGGGGGGUGUGUGGGCACGCUGAGAAGGGUCGGGAGGAGGAGGAGGAAGUGUUAAAGGGUGUGGACGCUGGGAAGCAUGGGGAGGAGGAGGAAUGGAAGGAGACUGAAGGGAAGGAGGGUGGUUUGAGGCGAGUGGUGAAGCUCAUGUGCAAGGCUGUUGACUCAGACAGCAAUGCCACACGUCAGGGGGACGCCAGGGGCCAUGCAGAGGACGUGUUUGUGUUGCCGGUGACUGCUUUCAAGUUUUUUUCCUCAUUCUGCUCACUCCCCUGCCUCACUUCCCUUGCUCUAACUCUCAUCCCACAGUGA